AAGGAAGCAUAGUAUUCUUUUACAAAUCCGCUGCUAUGAAGCGUGUUAAAUAUGAUUUUUAUCGCUAUAAUAACUCUAUUAGCCGCCUCGCUACAAUGUGCGACAAAUGACAUAAUAGCGUUAAACAGGGCCCCAGAUUUGAGACCGCUGAAAAGAGCGCUCGGGUAUAUCGAAGAUACGUAUCUGAAUUUUACCGAGCUCACCAAAAAAUACGGAUUUCCGUCUGAGGAGCACGCCGUGACGACCCAAGAUGGAUACAUCCUGACCGUCUACAGAAUACCUUCAAAGUGCAGCGAGAGCAAAAGGUACCCAGUGAUGCUGAUGCAUGGGAUUAUCGAUAGUUCCGACGCGUGGAUCAUCACGAAGCCCAAGAAAGCCCUCGGGUAUAUACUAGCUAGCGACUGCUACGACGUGUGGGCAGGGAACGGCAGAGGGAACGUGUACUCCCGAAGACAUACACGACUGGAUCCCGAUAGGGAUCCCAAGUUCUGGGACUUCACAUUCGAAGAAUCUGGGGUCUACGAUGUGUCGAAAAUCAUAGACUAUGUUCUGAAGGUAACUGGAAAAGAAAAAGUGCUUUACGUUGGACAUUCACAAGGUACGACUAUUUUCUUCACGCUGACAUCUCUGAGACCGGAGUACAAUGAUAAGGUGCAGCUAUCCAUACAUCUAGCACCUGUAGCUUGGAUGAGCAACAUUCGUAGUCCAUUAGCCUUGGCUCUAUCAAAAUUUACUGCCGAAAUUGCGGGUGUUGCUCGUAAGAUUGGACUCCUGGAAGUCGGUGGGAAAAAUCAGUAUAUUCCACAUGAGGUGCUGGAGUUUUUGUGUCAAGCUAUUCCAUUGGAAGUGUGCGCAGGGUCACUCUAUUUGCUGGCUGGUUCACGUGCUGGUAUAAUUAAACCAAAGACCCUAAGCGUGGCCUUCGGGCAUAUACCCGUCGGUACCUCACUCAAAACGUUGGAGCAUUUCGCCCAGUUAAUCACAUCCAAGAGAUUCCAAAGAUAUGACCUUGGAAAAGAAGGGAAUCUCAAAAUGUAUGGAUCGAGCAAACCCCCAGUUUACGAUGUUAAGAAAACUACAACACCCACAGUGCUUAUAGGUGCCAAAAAUGACUGGAUCUCAGACUUGAGAGACGUCAAACAUCUAGGAUCUAAGUUGCCAAACCUGCUAGAGAUGUACGUAGUUCCGAAUCCGUUUUGGAGUCACAAUGACCAUCUUUGGGGGACGAAUGUGACUGACUACGAAUACUUCAAAAUUUUACAGUAUUUCAACGAAUUCAGUAACAGAUAAUGUUAGUGAUGAUAUUAUUGAUGUGAUCAUUCAAAUGAUAAAGACGAGGAAGUCAAUGAGAUUAAAUAUGAUUAAGGAAGUUUUGAGCAUGUAUGAUAGCAUUUGUCUAUAACAACAUCCAUCUAGCCCUACGCUGCAGUUAGAAUUUAGGCUUUUAAUUAUAUUUAGAAUUUCAGUUUUUGUACAUGGUUCGAAAUUUGAGAUAUUUUGAACAUGGGGCAUGGAUUGUGGUAACGCUUGUGAAUGAUUGUCAUGAAAGUAUUUGGGAAUCUCAUUUGCUAAUUUUGGCCCUAUAUUUGAAAAGUAAUUAUUAAAUUCUUGGCAAAUGAGUUUGGGGUCUGUUAUUUCAGUAGAUUCUAAUAUAAGUUUCGAAGGAGCACAACUUUGAUUUGUUUUAUUAGUGGCGAGUGAAUAUAUAGAGUUC